AUUUUAUUACAAAUCACGACACUUUUUUGCAAACUAUAAAAUCUGAUUCUGAAAAUUUUAAACCUUUUGGAGAGAAAAUUUCAGAAUAUCGUCUUAAUGAUGAUGAUAGAGCAACAUUUUCGACUCCUCGCUUUAAAGAGUUUCACAGGCGAUUACAAAUAUUUGUAUUGUUUUAUAUAGAAGCUGGAUCAUAUAUUGACGAGGAAGAUGACAAAUGGGAAAUUGCACUAAUAUUUGAGAAAAAAACCGUGGGUGAUAGCAAAGUAUAUAGCAUUGUAGGUUAUUGUACGAUGUACUUGUAUUACUUUUUAACUAGCGCGGGAAAUUCUAACGAGAAUCAUACGAAUGCCAAUGCCAAUAAUAAACUACCAUUGCAUAUGAGCAUUAAUCAAGGUGGACAAAUUCGAGAUAAUAUACGAGUGAGAAUCAGUCAGUUUUUAAUCCUCCCGCAUUAUCAACGAGAAGGUCAUGGAAAUAAAUUCUAUCAGGCUCUCUACCAAAGUUUCUUAGCUGAUCCCAGAAUAAAAGAUAUCACUGUUGAAGAUCCAAGUGACAAAUUUCAAGAAAUUCGCGAUAAAAAUGAUAUACGGUUCUUGAGAGAAAAUAAAGCUCUUGAAGGCCUCAAGGCACCUGUAGACAGAAAUGUAUUUAAUGAAUUGCAGAAAAAAUACAAAUUAAAUAAGAGACAAAUGGCAAGAUGUAUAGAAAUUGAAUUGUUACGGAAUUUAAACAAGACAGAUCCUGUUGCCUAUAAGGCGUAUCGGUUGCAAGUCAAGCAACGGUUGUAUCUCUGGAAUGAGGAUAUAUUGAGACAACUGGACAGGGCAGAACGUAUACAAAAAUUGGAAGAAACUUUCAAAGGUCUUGAGGAAGAUUAUCACUCAAUCAUAUUACAAUUAUGA